AUGUCUUCCCCGUCCGCUUCACCACGCGGCUCGGACAUUUCCUUCUCCUCCGUCCAUAGCACCCUCUCCAAUUCCUCCCCGUCGAAACACCCACCCGUCUCUCUCACAGCUGACUCGCCUCCAUGCGUCUCGACCUCCACGAUAUCCCGCUCCUCUGCGUCCGCUUCCUCGACCAGCUCAACCUGCCCGACAUCACCUGUUUCGCCUGUCGCCACGUUUGCACAUAGCAUCUCGUCUCAUCUGCUGGAACCCAUCUCAUCCUCCGGCCUUCCGAAAGCUCGCGUCUUUGUGGAACGACGACCACAAACGGCAGCUGACUCAUCCGCUGACCGCCCUCGCGCCAAUUCUGCUCAUCCACGCCGUCUGCCGGGCUCAUACCGUCCUCAAUUGGCUAUCAACACUGUCCAGAGCACCCAUGCUAGGCGAGAUCCUCGAUGUGUUUCGGAUUUGCAUGAGGCCUUUCGCGCAAGGCGGGGUGCUGCGUGGGAGCCAGUAACUUCAUCUCUCCAAAGCGACGAGCCCCCCGUGUUGCGCGACGCAGAGACACUAUCAGAGGAAGCUCGCGGAUAUCUGAGCGAGGACGAUGCGUCUGUCCCGAGCUGGCUUCCCGAGGAUGAGAGACGGGACUGGACUUCAAGUGAGACGAUCGAACCAGAGGUCGACUUUGAAGACGAGGAGGAGACGCCUUCUCGUCAUGAUCCGUGCGAAGAAGAGGCGGUUGCAGCGAAAAAAUGGAUAGGAAGUUUGCGAAAUCUCAGUCACCUUGGGAGACGCGGUUCAAAGAAGGAAAAUUUGCCUAUGCGAGGCAGCAUUUUAGAUAUUCGGCCACCGACAGUGAGGGAGCGCUUCGGAGUGCGAAGCAAAAGGAGGAAAGGACGUGACUUUUGGGGUGAGAGAGAAUGCAACAAAGAGGACCGAGCUGACGAGUAUGUUGGGUUUUUGCUCAAGGCAGAUGUGAGACAGGAAAAGAAGGUCAAAAAGGUCCACUCGUGGCUACGGGUUUUCCGACGGUCCCAGUAA